CUUGGUAAAUAGUAAGGGGCUGUCAUGUUGACUUUUUGAGAAAAAUCUUCAACAUUUAAUUCAAGUUUGAAUUAUGUUUUUAUAUGUACUAAUUAAAUAACGGAAAAUGUUAUUCAGAGCAAAUCCUCGGACAUGUGUACUCUGCUGACGUCGAAGUCCGCUUUGACAAGGUAUUUUCAAAUGACAUACAUGUAAGCUGGUCCUGUUCAUUUAUUUCGCCAGUUUUAUUAAUGAUAGGAAUUAAUAGGAAUUAAUCUCGUUCCAUUUUCAUGUCGAUUUGACAACAUACAGGUAAAAGCUCAAAUAUUGCUCCAAAAUUUAUCAGAAAUGAUUUUACAGCUGUAGCUCUAAUACCAGAAACAAAUAGAAUAGGAGCAAUAAUAGUAAUAAUAUAGUAUUAUAGAUGUUACCAAAACAACACCUAAAAACAACCGUUUUAAAAUGUUUUUACAAUGAUUUGCAAGAAAAAGAGGGGACGCGUUUUUGUCACGCGUGAACUGAAGUUAUUCAUCAAAAUGAAUACAAACGAUACACUUUGAUAACCUGUAUUUCUGGUGCAUUGUACUAGUCUGUGUUAAUGGAGGAACUCAGGGCGAGAGAUUAUAAAAAACUGCCAAAUACCAGGCUCAGGAUAGUAGAGCCUAUCAAUCGCCUUUGCUAACCGUGCCCCAGAGAGACUUCACGUGACAGGACACGCAAUGAGCGACGUAGACAAACAUGGGGCAUGGUCUUCAUUUGUCAUCUUCUUAACAUCAUGCAAACUUUCUUCCAGCAUUAAGAUAACAAUGCUUGGCUGGUUUUCGGGAUGUUAUCAGCCCGAUCUUGUGCCCAAGCUUUUUGCUUUUCUUCUUGAACUGUAUGAACUUCGCACAACCUCGGGUAUAAGUUAAAAGUCAGUGUUCAACUCGAAGAGAAAUGAAAAUGUCUUGAUCCAGGUGUGUCGAAGCUAAGCGUCAAGCCCGGUAAAGGACCGCUUGAAUCAGCAGGUGAUUUUGGCGACAUUAACUCGUUCUGCUCUCUUAUUUGCAACAAAGGCAACAUGUCGUUCCAGACACAAGUUUUUCUUAUUGCACUAAUGUGUUUGUGUAUGGGUAACCAAAAGUCGACGUGUACCCCGUAUGCCCUACGCGAGGACAGUUCUCGGCGUCUUAAGAGACAGGUCAUCAAUGCAGACUCCCAAGAUGAGUUUCAGUCAGUGUCUUCCCUUGCUCAGCGUCUGCCUGCUUUAGCAACAACACCACCUUCACCAGUAGGGUCAGGAAUAGAAUUCAGCUGUGAUAAGGACCCCAGCAACAGCUCUAUCCUCCUAAACGCAGCAGAAUUUUGCAAGAAGUGCAUUGAGACAAGGAACGGAGUCGGUUAUUAUGAAGACCCCUGCGACUGCCGUAACUACUUGCAAUGCGACCGGGACGCCGACUUGCGAAUUGUGGCCAAACGCCGCCAGUGCGCGCCAGGAACGCUUUACGAGAACCCAGUAUGCGUCAGCUGUGCAGCCGCGUCGUGCUCGCAGUCAUUGGCGCCUAGUCCUAAAUGUCCGAAAGAAUUGAAAAAUGGGAAGGACUGGCCUCCAACCGACCAUUGCCACAGUGCGGAGGACCUCAUAAAUACAGACACGUGCUGCUGUCUUGGCGGUUUUUCAUACUGUCCUCACGUCAAUCUGGUCACAGAGUACUUCCUGAAGCCUGUCUACAACUGUGAGCCUGGAGUGACAAAAUGUGACAAAACUUGCUGUCAGAAAUCGUGUGGGAAGGGAGCAGCGUUUGACCCCAGCGUCUGUAGAUGUGUAUCAGUUCGUGGAGCAAUAGGCGUCUUCGACUUCGAGCAACGUAAUAUAUCAAGAAAAAGUGAAUUUUUGAGUAAAGUUCUCUUUUACCCGGCGGACAACAACCGCGUCAGCUUAGCAGAAAAAUCGACGGCUCCGCAGGAGGUAAAACAUGGACAAAAUUCUGCUAUGUUUAUUGGACGAGGAGGAGAUUUAGAAAUACCUAGAUUCAAUAACUAUUACUGGGGGCAUGAUGUUAGUAUUACUUUUUGGUACCGCCGCCAGGCAGCGCUGGAGUUAGUGGAGAGAGAGCUCCUGCAUAAUGGUGACUGUGAACAAGAUCCUUCUAUUCGUUUUGCAAGCCGUCCGUCCGAGUUGUUAGGCCAAUUUCUUGUUGUGACGAAUAGAGGCCCGCCAAAAAGAACAGAUUUAAAAUUUACAAACCUUGGAAAUAACGAGUACCUGGGAGUGGUGUUUGUUUACAACGGCAGGAAUUUGACUGUGUACGUCAGAAGAGAAAACAACGACGUAGAAGUGCAAUCUGUGUACAGCCCUGGAAACAUACCGUCCACCUUAGCUCCUCUAAGCUUAGGGAAAGCAUUGAAAUGCCCUGAUAAUGCCUCUGGUGAUAAGCCUAUCACCCAAACGGGAAAUUUCCUCGGCCAUGUAGACGAUUUACAGAUCUACGACAGGAGCCUGACACUGGAUCAGAUACAAAGGAUAUGGACAGGGGAGACGGAUAUCCGCGGUAUAGCCUGAUAUGACGUCACUAGAAGAAUAUAUUUUUUUAUUGGACAGCGACCCACCUCCUUUUUUUGUUACGUCUGUGACAGUCAUUAUUUAGACAUAAAACCAGUGCCAUCUUAUCUGGCUUUGUCCACUUGUCAGCAAAAUAUGAAUAAAUGAAUGGUGGGAGUAAUACA